AUGGACCACGAAAUCCCACUCCCCCCACCACCGCGCAUCCGCCAUCGCGACCCCUCCAACAACAAUAACAAUCGUCACGCGACUCGCCCUGCUCACCACCACCGUCUCCCCUCGCGCUUCAUUGACGACCGCUCCAGUCAACCUUCCAGUGAUCCAGCGCUUUUCUCCAGUGACGAUAUCCCCGCCUCAGGACUAGAGAACUACAAUAAUGCGCCUGUUAGUCGGAAGCGCCGGUACCGCGGCACGUGGUGGGGAGAGAUGGUGAAGGACAAGGACGCGAAGCGCAAACGGGCGGAUUUCAAGGAGAAGCGCUUGGUGGAUAGUGGUGUGUGGAUGGGAAGUGAUGAUUAUGACUCUGGUCCGGGGUCGGGGUUCUUGCCUUCUGAUGCGGAUUUGGGAGAGGAUUGGCUGAACUCUCAUGCGAAUGGAGGUUCAAAGACGGUGACACCGCAGACUCAAAGUCAACAACAAGGAUUCAGAAAAGUUGAGGAAGAACCGCGCGAGCAUCAAGUCGCACGGGGAAUCGUGAAUGAUUGUCUCGAGAGGGGGGAGGAUAGUGUUGAUUUGAGCGGCCUCACCCUCCGCCUCAUACCCCCAAACCUCCUCCUCCCCCUCCAACACCUCACCAAACUCCCAACCAUCAGGGAGCCCCCCAUCAGCGAAGACGUCUACACCUCCCUCCAACCAUUCCUCCGCCUCUUCCUCGCCGGCAACGCCCUAACCCAAGUCCCCGGCGAGAUCUUCGACCUCGACUCCCUCCGCGUCCUCAGUCUCCGCUACAACAAACUUACCUCCAUCCCCCCGGCAAUCCGCUCCCUCACCCUCCUCCAGGAACUAAACAUCUCCGUGAACCGCCUCCCCACCCUCCCAUGGGAACUCCUCUUCCUCAUCCGCAAAGGCGACCUCAAACACCUUACCGUUCGCCCGAACCCCCUCCUCCAAAUCGAAGACCAGCCCAUCGCCCAAUGGCACGUUCCAACCGACCAAGAGACCCAAGAACCACAACUGAAAUCAGUAACAUAUGACGGCCCACCUCCGGAGGAAGCAUGGGCACCUGUACACGUCGCUACCGGCCCAGUUACAUACUACAACGCCGAAGGCGUACCAGUCUCCUCCCAAAUCCCUACUGAACAAACCAACCACCAAACAAUAAACACCAGCAGCAGCAGCAGCAUCUCCCGCGUCCCCUCCCUCCGCGAAAUCUCCCUCCUAGCAUUCACCCGCUCGACAUACCCGGACCUGAUCACAGACGAAGAAAUGGAGGAUUUCCCGGCCCUGAUGACCCGCUUACUCCGGCAAGCGAAAGAGAUUCGUAGCGCGGGGGGCAGGAACUGCUCGUCAUGUCACCGGGGCUUUGUGCUCGCGCGGACAGAGUGGAUCGAGUGGUGGGAUGUCAUAAGUUUGGUUGUGGGUAUGGGUGUGAGUUCUAGAGUAGGAUUUGCAUGGCUUGAUUGUUCCGUCGGACUUGAGUUAUUGGGCGAGUUGAUGGCCAGCCGAUGUAGAUAUGCUGGCAUGUGCCCACAUUCAAAGUUGUUUAAGGGUCUGAUCUUCAUUUACUUACUACUUACGAGACUAUCACCUGUCCUUGAUCGUGCCGACUUUGUCUCGGGAUCUGCUCAAUAUUCAUGUCCAAAGCAAAUGAAUACGUCCUAA